AAGCAAAAACGAUAAGAUUAACAGAAAAAAGAAAGAACCCAUCAUCAAUGUAAACUUAGGUCCUGAUAGUUUUUACUUCCCAAGAAACAAAAAGAGUCUAAGGGGGAUAUGUACCAAAUUCCUUACAACUUCUUUUCCCUUCAUAUCUAUCAAAAAAAAAAGAAGUUCCCCUUUUGCUUAUCUCUAUAUAUUAUUCUCUUUGCGAUUAAUUUUUUAAAAAAGAAAAAAAACUUGUUUAAUCCCCUGCUUGACAAAUAUUCUUCUAGGGGUUGACCAGGUUCGUUUUUAGUUUUUAACAAAGUUUGAUUAGUAGUAGACUAGUAGCCCAAAAAAUAUCAAAUUGCAAUUCCAGCGAAGAUAUCUCCCUCUUUCUUUUUGCCCCUUUUGCAUUUUGUUUGUUUUCCCUUUUCUCAAUCUCGAUUAAAUUUCCAUUUCCCCACCACCUCCAUCAUCAUUGACAUCCACUUCGCUGCAUCCCCCCGCCUAACUCAUUUCUGUUUGCGUGCAAACCACAAAAGGCUCCUCCAUUUUACUGGGAUUCUGAAUUUGAGAGAGAUAGAAGAGAGACUGUAAUUAGUACCAAAAAAAAAAAAGGGCCACCAUUUUUGCUCCAAGGUUCUGCAAAGUUUCAAUCUUUGGCCCUCCUUUGAUCGAGCUAUACACUUCCUAAACCCUCUCAGAUCAGAAUCCCAAAUCUUCAAUUGCUACUACAGGCCACAGAGUUUAAUCGGUGCGGAGAAAAAGGGUAAAAGUAUAGAAGGGUCAAAUUCAGAUCAGAUCUAGCAAAUUAAGGAGUUUUAUACAUCUUCUUUGAAGUUAAAGCUAUGUCUUUCAUCGGGACACAACAAAAGUGCAAGGCUUGUGACAAGACAGUGUAUCCAGUGGAGCUGUUGUCCGCUGAUGGAAUCAACUAUCAUAAAUCUUGCUUCAAGUGCUCCCAUUGCAAAGGCACCCUCAAGCUGAGCAAUUACUCCUCGAUGGAAGGUGUUUUGUAUUGUAAGCCUCAUUACGAGCAGCUCUUUAAGGAGAGUGGCAAUUUUGUCAAGAACUUCCAAUCACCUGCAAAGUCAGCUGAGAAGUUGACUCCCGAGCUGACAAGGUCACCUAGCAAAGCUGCGAGCAUGUUCUCUGGGACCCAAGAUAAAUGUGCUACUUGCGGUAAAACUGCUUACCCCUUAGAAAAGGUACAAACUUUGAACUUUGGAAAGAGUUACGUUGUGAUGAAACUUUGGUAGCUUGCUGUUUUGCUGAUAAUUACUUAUUUGAUGAACUCGUGCAAUCUGGAGUUUGGUUAUGCGUGAACUUCCUAACCGCAGUCCCUUCUUGGAAACUAUUCCUAGUUUUAAUCUACUUUGAAACAUUUUGGUCUCCUAACUCCUGAAAGAUGGAGUUAGUGACGCUCUUUCGAGAAUUGCAGAACUGUUCAAAGCUGAUGUAGAAUAUAGUGCCAGUUAGAAGAGUUCAGAUUGCUAGCAAUUCUUUUGUUCCUGUAUUGCGAAAUGGUCUUAACAUCACUUUUAUUGGGCUUACAUUCCACAUCUGCCCAUAUAUCUGUGAUCACGUGAUUAUCAGAAUGGGGAAAAUGGUCUGUUCUUAUUGAUUGGAUGGUAUUAGGAGAGGAUCUGUAAUUGGCAUAAGUUUUUGUAAUGUUAAUUCAUUUCAUGACUGAUAUGCUUCAUGAGUAGAAAAGGCUGCAUUGAAAUUCCUGUGAAACUGGGGUGUGCGUUAGUGACUACAUUUGUUCUUUGCCCUUAUUCUGCUUGUUUCAGAGGUGUGAUUGUAAAGAUAAACCAUGACGUCUUUGUUGUAAGAUGACUUUAUGGGGAUGCCUGCUCCUCUGUUCCUUGAUGAAUUAUCGUGAUUACUAUAUGAAAAUAUUAGUCUGUUGCUCACAGUGUUUUUUGGGAAAUUAAUCAGGUUACAGUUGAGAACCAAAGCUACCACAAAACCUGUUUUAAGUGUUCGCAUGGUGGCUGUUCACUGUCUCCGUCAAAUUAUGCAGCAUUGAACGGUAUAUUGUAUUGUAAACCUCAUUUUUCACAGCUUUUCAAGGAGAAAGGCAGCUACAACCAUUUAAUCAAGUCUGCUUCAAUGAAGCGGCCAACAACUCCUGUACCCGAUGCUGCUGCUUAACACAGAUUACCUGAUAGAGAUUACAAAGCUAUAUGAUCGACACGGGAUUGCUUGUUCUUUGUGUGUUUCCCAUUUUCAAUUUGAUUACGGCCAUGAAAUCUGUUGUUGUACUUUGUACCUGAUUCAAGGAACUAAUCUCCAGGAUUGAUAUUAUUAACUUAUUACCGAGCCCUGGCAUCCACACUCCCUUGGAAUUGCCUUGGUUUGUAUUGAAAGUGUGCUAUUCAAAGAUUGGCUUCUUGUCUCCAUGGGUUUAAUAUAAAGUCAAGAAGCUUUUCCCUGAAUUGCUGUUUGUUUACUUUGAUCAUUUUGUUUUGAUGAUCUGCUGUUAUCAACACCUCUAAUUGUCUGGCAACCCGGACAUUUGAAUUGGGUAGAAGAAGAAGAAGUUGAUAGAAGUUAAUUAGACACUAAUUAAUAGGAUAGAAGACAAAACCAUAAGGCAAUGAAGUUCAUUUUGGUUUCUAAAAGGGAAAAUA